GCCGCGCCAUGGCUGCCGCCCAGCCCAAGGCCCCUGUGGGGGCGGCCGCGGCCCGGCGCCUGGCCCGGGGCUGCUGGUCCGCGUUCUGGGACUACGAGACACCCAAGGUGAUCGUGGUGAGGAACCGGCGCCUGGGGGUCGUGUACCGCACGGUGCAGCUGCUCAUCCUGCUCUACUUCGUGUGGUACGUGUUCAUCGUGCAGAAGAGCUACCAGGACAGCGAGACCGGACCCGAGAGCUCCAUCAUUACCAAGGUCAAGGGCAUCACCACCUCGGAGCACAAAGUGUGGGACGUGGAGGAGUAUGUGAAGCCCCCCGAGGGGGGCAGCAUAUUCAGCAUCAUCACCAGGAUCGAGGUCACACCCUUCCAGACCCUGGGAAUCUGUCCGGAGAGCAUAAGGGUCCACAAUGCCAUCUGCCAUUCGGACAACGACUGUGUGGCUGGGGAGCUGGACAUGCUGGGCAACGGACUGCGAACUGGCAGAUGUGUACCCUAUUACCACGGGGCCUCCAAGACCUGCGAGGUGUCCGGUUGGUGCCCAGUGGAGGAUGGGGCCUCUGUCAGCCAAUUUCUGGGUACAAUGGCUCCCAAUUUUACCAUCCUCAUCAAGAACAGCAUCCACUACCCCAAAUUCCAGUUCUCCAAGGGCAACAUCGCAGGCCGCAAGGAUGACUACCUCAAACACUGCACUUUCGACUACGUCUCUGACCCUUACUGUCCCAUCUUCAAGCUGGGCUUCAUUGUGGAGCAGGCAGGGGAGAACUUCACGGAGCUUGCACACAGGGGUGGUGUCAUUGGGGCCAUCAUUAACUGGGACUGUGACCUGGACCUGUCUGCGUCAGAAUGUAACCCCAAGUACUCCUUCCGGAGGCUGGACCCCAAGCAAGUUCCUGCCUCCUCAGGCUACAACUUCAGGUUUGCCAAGUAUUACAAGAUAAAUGGCACUACCACCCGCACACUCAUCAAAGCCUACGGAAUCCGCAUCGAUGUCAUUGUGCACGGACAGGCAGGGAAGUUCAGCCUGAUUCCCACCAUCAUUAACCUGGCUACUGCUCUAACCUCCAUCGGGGUGGGAUCCUUCCUGUGUGACUGGAUCUUGCUGACAUUCAUGAACAAAAACAAGGUCUACAGUCACAAGAAAUUCGACAAGAUGGUGGAUGCCCCGGAUCAGCAUGCUGGACUGCCCACCUCUAGGCUGGCUCAGCAGGACUCCACACCUGCAGACCCCAGAGGCCUGGCCCAACUUUAG